GAACCGAACCAGUAGUUGCAUGAACCCUGCCUGCUCUGGGCAGAUUCUUAACAUAUUUGCCCAUCAGCAGCCUCUCAGAGAGGAAUGUUAAAUGCUGCCGUGAUGUCAAAGGGGCCCCAAGGAGAAGGGCCUGGGCCGACCUCGGCCUGUCACUCACAGGCCCGUGGAGGGUGGGAGAUAAGCAAAGCCAAGGUACAGGAAGAACCCGGGUCUCUGCGCUCCUCACACAGCCCAGGUCAUCAUGGGGGCUGGUGGUGCCGGGAGGCUGUCAGCUGCGGAGGACAAUGACCUUGCAGACACCACCGCCUGAGUGAGAACCAGGGGUCUGUGCCUCUCGUCAUUCCCCACUCUUACCCUGGUCAAGCCUGCACCAGCAUGUCAGGAACCUCCAAGGAGAGUCUGGGGCACUGGGGGCUGCCAGGGUUGGGCAAGGCCUGCUUAACCACCAUGGACAAAAAGCUGAACAUGCUGAACGAGAAGGUGGACCAGCUCCUUCACUUCCAAGAAGAUGUCACAGAGAAGUUGCAGAGCGUGUGCCGAGACAUGGGCCACCUGGAGCAGGGCCUGCGCAGGCUGGAGGCCUCCCGGGCACCAGGCCCAGGCGGGGCUGAUGGGACUCCCCGUGCUGACACCCAGGCCGGGUGGCCCGAGGUCCUGGAGCUGGUGAGGGCCAUGCAGCAGGAUGCGGCCCAGCACGGUGCCAGGCUGGAGGCCCUCUUCAGGAUGGUGGCUGCGGUGGACAGGGCCAUCGCUUUGGUGGGGGCCACAUUCCAGAAAUCGAAGGUGGCGGAUUUCCUCAUGCAAGGGCAUGUCCCCUGGAGGGGAGGCAGCCCAGGUGACAGCCCCGAGGAGAACAAAGAGCGAGUGGAAGAAGAAGGAGCAAAACCAAAGCCUGUGCUGAGCGCCAGUGGGGUGCAGUCUGAUGCCAGGGAGCCUGGGGAAGAGAGCCAGAAGGUGGACGUGCUGGAGGGGACAGUGGAGAGGCUGCCCCCCAUCAGAGCUUCGGGGCUGGGAGCUGACCCCGCCCAGGCAUGGGCCUCACCAGGCCAGGGAGAUGGUGUUCCUGGCCCAACCCAGGCAUUCCCUGGCCACCUGCCCCUGCCCACAAAGGUGGAAGCCAAGCCUCCUGAGACACCCAGCGAGAGCCCCAGGACUGGCCUGGAAUUGGCUCCAGCACCCGGCAGGGUCCAUGUGGUCUCCCCGAGCCUGGAGGUUGCACCAGGUGCAGGACAAGGAGCAUCAUCCAGCAGGCCUGACCCUUGGCCCUUAGAGGAAGGCACGAGGUUGACUCCAGGGCCUGGCCCCCGGUGCCCAGGGCCUCCAGGGCUGCCAUCCCAGGCCAGGGCAGCCCACAGUGGUGGAGAAACACCUCCAAGGAUCUCCAUCCACAUGCAAGAGAUGGAUACUCCUGGGGAGAUGCUGGUGACACGCAGGGGCAGCCUUGGACCCAGCCCCGCCACAGAGGCUCCAGCAGCUGCCCAGCCAGGCGAGCAGGGCCCACCUGGGACUGGGCGCUGCCUCCAAGCCCCUGGGACGGAGCCCAGAGAACAAACCCCUGAAGGAGCCAGAGAGCUCUCCCCACUGCAGGAGAGCAGCAGCCCCAGGGGAGUGAAGUCAGAGGAGGAUCAAAGGGCUGAGGUCGAGCCUAGCACGAGACCAAGCUUGGCCAGGAGGGACGACGAUGACCACGCAGUUGGGGCCCUGGGCCUGCAGCAGGGCAAAGGCCCAGGAGCAGGAAACCCUGAGCCUGAGCAGGACUGUGCAGCCAGGGCUCCAGGGAGAGCCGAAGCAGUAAGGAGGAUGCCCCCAGGCGUCGAGGCUGGCAGCGUGGUUCUGGAUGACAGUCCGGCCCCGCCAGCUCCGUUUGAACACCGGGUAGUGAGCGUCAAGGAGACCUCCAUCUCAGCAGAUUACGAGGUGUGCCAGCACGAAGUCUUGGGAGGGGGCCGGUUUGGCCAGGUCCACAGGUGCACAGAGAAGUCCACAGGCCUCCCACUGGCUGCCAAGAUCAUCAAAGUGAAGAGCGCCAAGGACCGGGAGGAUGUGAAGAACGAGAUCAACAUCAUGAACCAGCUCAGCCACGUGAACCUGAUCCAGCUCUAUGAUGCCUUCGAGAGCAAGCACAGCUGCACCCUCGUCAUGGAGUACGUGGACGGGGGUGAGCUCUUCGACCGGAUCACAGAUGAGAGGUACCACCUGACCGAACUGGAUGUGGUCCUGUUCACCAGGCAGAUCUGUGAGGGCGUGCAUUACCUGCACCAGCACUACAUCCUGCACCUGGACCUCAAGCCGGAGAACAUAUUGUGCGUCAAUCAGACAGGACGUCAAAUUAAGAUCAUUGACUUCGGGCUGGCCAGAAGGUACAAGCCUCGAGAGAAGCUGAAGGUGAACUUCGGCACUCCUGAGUUCCUGGCCCCAGAAGUCGUCAACUAUGAGUUUGUCUCAUUCCCCACGGACAUGUGGAGUGUGGGAGUCAUCACCUACAUGUUACUCAGUGGCUUGUCCCCAUUUCUAGGGGAAACAGAUGCAGAGACCAUGAAUUUCAUUGUAAACUGUAGCUGGGAUUUUGAUGCUGACACCUUUGAAGGGCUCUCGGAGGAGGCCAAGGACUUUGUUUCCCGGUUGCUGGUCAAAGAGAAGAGCUGCAGAAUGAGUGCCACACAGUGCCUGAAACAUGAGUGGCUGAAUAAUUUGCCUGCCAAAGCUUCAAGAUCCAAAACUCGUCUCAAAUCCCAACUACUGCUGCAGAAAUACAUAGCUCAAAGAAAAUGGAAGAAACAUUUCUAUGUGGUGACUGCUGCCAACAGGUUAAGGAAAUUUCCGACUUCUCCCUAACCUUCAACUCUGCUGCUCCAGUGGGUCCAGAAAUUACUGAGGCCAGUGGUGAAGUGAAGAGAUGACUCGAAAAUUUAAAUAAUUUGGCUUUUUGGUAUUAUUGAUUCCACUUAUUUUGUAAAAAUGGUUAUGGCUGCUGCCUUCCUUGUGGAUGAAAAGUGGCUUUAAAGAAGCUUCCUAAGAACGUUUUUUUCUGCCUUGUAAGAUCACUACGUGUGAAAUGCUCUGUGUACCUUUCAAAUAUACCUACUUUUGGUGGUAAGUGUAGGGAUGCUUUAGGUAGGUACUUUGCAUAUGUCGAAUUUAAAUUCUAAAUUCACACUGAUUAAAUAACUCAGUAGACUACUUUGCAGGGGCCAUGUUAUUCGUAUUAUCUCCUCCAGUACAAAGAAUUCCUAGAAUUUUGAUUUGCUCAGGUAUGAGCUGACAUUUUAUUGUACUACCCCAUUCUUGUGUCAAGCCAUGUGGAUUUAGGACAGUGAUCUUCAAACUUGCUUUAACUUAUGCUCCCUCUUGAGAAUCAGCAUCACUUGAAAUGUCAAAAUAUGUCAACUAUCAUAGCCAAAUUGGAGCAGUGAUCAUUUUGAAUGUGCUUUUUAAAUCUCCACACACCUCCACCUCUCUGGUAAUUCUGCCCUGUCCUAACCUCUCUGUCUUAGUUACAAAUUUCUGGUCUUGUAAGUCUGGAAGCUGAUAGGCCAUUUAUGAAAGAGAUAAGAAUGUAAUGAGGUUCAGCUUUCUGAGAAAACACAGAAAUGAUACAUCCUGAGACAUCAAGGAAAGCGGCUCUUCUGCUGCCCCAGGCUGUAGCACGCUCGAUGUUGUCACUCUACACGUACACUUCCUAUAUACAUGUACAGUUGACCAAUGAACAGGGUUUGAACUGCACAGUCGACUUAUACGUGGAUUUUCUUCUGCCUUUGCCACCCCUGAGACAGCAACACCAUGCUCUCCUCU